CCUCUCCAGCUUCAUUCACUCCCGCUCGCAAAUGGACGCUCGAUGAAAACGAAGCUGCAUCUCUGUUUCUGAAAAGAAACACAAGGUGCUGCCAUGCCAAUCUCCCUACUAUGGGCCGUGGACGUGCAUGGGAGGGUUUACAGCCUGUCCACCGCGGGGCAGCAGUGGGACCAGUGCCGCAAUGCCCAAAUGGAAUUCAAACGGGUGACUGCAGCCCAGCAGUGCUGCUGGGGCAUUGCCUGUGACAACAGCAUCUAUCUGAAUGUCCAUGCAUCUGACCUGCCUGUGCGCUACCAGGAGGAGACCUAUGAAAAUCAAAGGUGGAACCCAGUGGAUGGUUUUUCCGAGAGGCUGUUGCCGAGUGACCGUUGGCAAUGGAGCGAUGUGAGCGGCCUGCAACACCAGCCUCUAGAUGGGUUCCAGCUGCCCUCCAGCAGCUGGGAAUGGGAGGGCGACUGGUUUGUGGACGAGAACUUUGAGGGAGAGCCCACAGAGAGAGAGGGGUGGACCUAUGCCAUUGACUUUCCCGCCAACUACACAAAAGAUAAGAAGUGGAACUCCUGUGUCCGUCGCAGGCACUGGCUGCGCUACAGAAGAUACAAAGCCAUGGACAUGUGGGCCAAGAUUCCCUCACAGCAGACGACUUUACCAGACCCGUUCAAUGACAUCAGCUGUGGAGGCUGGGACAUCAGUGAGGAGCCCCGCGGACGCCUGUCACUGUGGGCUGUGUCACUGCAGGGAAAGGUGUGGUUCAGAGAGGGAAUCUACCAUCAUAACCCCGAGGGCUGGAGCUGGGAGGAGGUGGCACUCCCUGGAGAGGUGGUCCAGAUCAGCUGUGGCCCAGGGGACCUGGUGUGGGCUGUGCUGUGGGAGGGACAGUUCAUCGUGAGGGAGGGCAUUGGACGAGAUUGUCCUAAAGGUUCAUCCUGGACUAUGGUGGACUCUCCCAGCCCAGAUGCGGGGGCCAUACAUGUGACUGUGGGAGCAAACGUUGUGUGGGCUGUUACAAAGGACAAUAAGGUUUGGUUCAGACGUGGCGUAAACUCCCAUAAUCCCUGUGGCUCUGGCUGGAUCCACAUGGUUGGAGAAAUGUUGAUGGUCAACGUUGGACUCAAUGACCAAGUGUGGGGCAUCAGCUCUGAAGACCGGGCAGUGUACUUCCGACAGGGAGUGACUCCUAGUGAACUCAGUGGUAAAACCUGGAAAACCAUCAGUGUUCCCAGAGAAGGAGAGCGCUCCCACUCCAGUGCUAGUAGCCUGCAGAGUGCUGGCUGUUUCUUUACUGGUGAAGUGCGGGCUCCAUCAGUUACAAGUGAAGCUGAGUCUGACCCAGACCGAGCACUCACAGAGGGGCCAGGGCUGGUCUGCUCAGUUGCCCCGGAGUCACUUGUUGAUGCCACCACAAACCCAUCUGACUUACCUCUUGACACCCCCAAACCUCGUAUCCCAAAGGUCACCAGUGAUAGCUUCAUCUCUGAGCUUGUGUCGGACCGAGAGCCUGGAAAGAUUUCUAAGGAGGCCCAGCCUCCUCCUGCUUCUGUCCCGGAGGAGGAGGCAGUCCCAAGUGAAGAGAGCCUGACGGAGGUUGUCCUGUCCCCCAGUCCGCACUCUGGCGCUCCUAGCUCUCAGUGGAGCAAUGUGGACCUGGAGGAAGGGCAGGCCCCACAGAUACAGAGCAGCCUAGUGGCUGAAUCUGCUGACACUUGUAGCCUGUCUUCAGUAGUCACAUACACACUGGCCAUGGAGGAUCCAUACACCAAUGAUGAACACCCGUUGUGGGCCUGGGUCAGUGCUGGAGCCUGCAAUGUGGACUGUCAUUCCCAACUCAACUGGUUCAACUGCUCUUUGAACACAUCAUCUUUACUUCAAUCCGUGCAGUCGAUGAGUCUGUCUGUAACUCCAGCUCAGACGGCAGCCUGGCGAAAGCAGAUCUUUGAACAACUCAAUGAGAGGACAAAAAGAGAAAUCGAUAAUUUCAGACACUAUGAGCAAGCGGUUGAACAGUCUGUCUGGGUGAAAAAAGGGACCAUGCAGUGGUGGAGAGAUUGGAAACCUCACAAGUGGAUUGAUGUUCAAUUUGCUUUAGAGCAAUUCUCUGGACCAGAUGGCAACAAGGAUGGAAUCUUGUUUAUUUAUUACAACCUUUAUGAAGAGAAGAAGUAUCUGCAUGCCUUUAUCAAUGAGGUGACCAUCCUGGUUCCUGUACUGAAUGACUCCAAACACACAUUUGCCGUCUACACUCCUGAAAGAACCAAACAGAGGUGGCCAAUCAGACUGGCCGCAGCCACUGAGCUGGAGAUGCACGACUGGCUGGCAUUACUGAGUGUGUCUUGCUGUGACUCUAGAGGGAUCCAUGGUGCUCCCUCAAAGCAGGCCAUUUGGUCUAUCACUUGCAAAGGGGACAUCUUUAUGAGUGAACCGUCUCCUGCAUUGGAGGCCGUUCCUUAUCCCACACCAUGUGAUCAGAUGUUCUGGAGGCAGGUUGGUGGCCACUUGCGCACAGUGGAGUGUAACAGUGUUGGAAUAGUUUGGGGUAUUGGCUACGACCACACUGCCUGGGCCUACACUGGAGGAUAUGGAGGGGGCUUCCUUCAGGGAUUAGCUAGCAGCACGGACAAUAUCUAUACACAAACUGAUGUGAAGAGUGUGUUUAUAUAUGAAAACCAGAGGUGGAAUCCUGUCACUGGAUACACAAGCAGAGGUUUACCUACCGACCGCUACAUGUGGAGCGAUGCAUCAGGACUACACGAGUGCACCAAAACAAAUACCAAACCUCCCUCUCCUCAGUGGACAUGGGUGUCAGACUGGGCAAUUGAUUACAGUGUCUCAGGGGGGACAGACAAAGAGGGCUGGCAGUAUGCUGCUGAUUUUCCUGCGUCAUAUCAUGGCUAUAAAACAAUGAAGGACUUUGUGCGGCGUAGGCGGUGGGCCAGAAAGUGUAAACUGACCACCACAGGCCCAUGGCAGGAGAUCCCUCCCAUCCCUCUGAGCGAUGUGUCCAUCCUGCCCUGUGCCGCCCAGAGCAGUGUGGAGGUGGUCCCUCUGUGGGCCAUAAGCAACAAGGGGGAUGUGCUGUGUCGGCUGGGGGUCACUGCUCUCACGCCAGCGGGAUCCUCGUGGCUUCAUGUUGGUACUGAUCAGCCUUUUAAGUCUGUUUCCAUUGGAGCUGUCAGUCAGGUUUGGGCUAUUGCUAGAGAUGGAUCAGCCUUCUACAGAGGAGCUGUGUCUUCUGAGAAUCCAGCAGGCGACAGCUGGUACCAUAUCCCUUCCCCAGCCAAGCAGAAGCUGAAGCAAGUGUCUGUAGGAAGAACAUCUGUCUAUGCUGUGGAUGAAAACGGUAACCUGUGGUACAGACAGAGCGUGGCACCUAGCUAUCCUCAGGGUUCUUUUUGGGAGCACAUCUCAAAUAAUGUGCGCAAAGUCAGUGUUGGCCCCUUGGACCAGGUUUGGAUCAUUGCAGAUAAAGUCCAGGGCAGUCACAGUUUGAGCUGUGGGACAGUGUGUCACAGGCUCGGGGUACAACCAACAGAGCCCAAAGGACACACCUGGGACUACGGCAUUGGGGGAGGAUGGGACCACAUCACAGUCAGAGGAAAUGCGAUGGAUCCACCUCGCUUCCGUAUGCCACCUUUAACUAACUCGUCUUUCUCAGCUAAUAGGAGCCCAGAGACUGUCAGGAGCACAGAGGUCAAUGGAAAUGCAAUGGGAUGUUAAACAUGCCUCAAGCCUCUGUCAUUAUGUUUGUGAUGAGACUUUUCCCUUAUUGAUAUAGCUGUUGUCAUAUGGUCAUGUUCAUACUUUUAUUAUUUUGACUUUAUCUAACUCUGGACCUCCUUUCAUCUCUUCACUCUCAAUGUUUACUUUUAAUAGUAUAUUUUAUCAUUGCAAUGUGUUGGGGUGGGAUCUGUUCCAAAUGUGACAUUAGGAUUUCUUUUAUAUUAAUUUUGUAAAUGUACUGUGUGAUUUCACUGAUCACUUUUAUUUAUUCAAACCUGUAGCAAGAAAAAUGCAAACAAAAAGCAGUGCCAGUGUUGAACAUUUGAAAAAGGCAGCUGAGUUCUUGCGUCCUCUUGGCUGUAUGUCUUAAACAGGUGCUUUAUGCUGCUUGGGACAGCCAGUUAUGUUUGGAUUCAGUCCUGCUGGAAGCCCAUUUUAGGUAAAUAUGGGAAAACCCCUGCUUUAAGAAGAGAUGGGAAAACCACUACAACUAUGUGCAAAAGUCUAAUUAUUGUGCUAUACGAGUGUGUGACUAAAGACAAAGUGCAAUGAUUGGCUCAAAGAAAGUUAAGUUUCUCAGGAGAAUGUGCAUGACUACUAGUAAGUUCUAUUUUUGUUACAGAGGUUAUUCAGAGGAAUCUUAUGACAAAUCAAUUCAACUUCUUAAAUUAUACAACUGCAUGUAUAACAAAAUGCAACUACUUGUAAAUACUCCAAAUGUACAGGGUGUGAACUGUGAUAAUUGUGUUCUGUAACAAGUUAUUGGUAAAAAUAUGAGCUAAAUUUUAAGUGUCAAGUGCACAGCAAACACGUGAGCUGUUGACAAUAAAUUAUGUUUUAUUAAUACAAA